AUAGUCAAUUAUUACAUAGCCGAUAAACACACCAUAGAAUACAAAAAGGAGUCUCAAUUAUUGUCUCAGAAUGGAAAUGAAGUUGCUGUUAGUCGCCUUCUUCCUCACGGCGCUACAAAUCGUAAAUGCUCAAAAUUACUGUAAUUCGUCCUAUUGUGGAUCCAGCACGCAUAUUGCUUGCAACAACAAUGGGACAUUCGCAGGGUCUUGCCUAAGUCCAGCCUUGAUCAAUUUUACACAGACGCAGAGGAAUGCGAUCGUCAAUUCGCAUAAUGCCAGACGUAAUACCGUGGCUGCCGGCAAUACAGCACUAAGCCCAGCCUGUCGCAUGGCCACCAUGCAGUGGGACAACGAAUUGGCCACGCUGGCGGCGUUAAAUGUCAGACAAUGUCAAUUGAGGCAUGAUGCCUGUCACAAUACAGAUGCUUUCCAGUUUUCCGGUCAAAAUUUGGCGUGGAUAACUUUCUUAAACACGGCGAAUGUUACGAGCUUGUCUUUACAAUCAAUUAAUAUGUGGUAUAGUGAGAUCAAUAACACAAAUAUGGCGUAUAUAAAUUCGUAUCCGAAUAAUUAUCAAGGACCCGCAAUUGGUCAUUUCACCGUUAUGGUAGCAGAUCGUAAUAUUCGCUUAGGCUGCGCUGCUUCUACCUACAACGUAUCCGGUCAACAAUAUAGAGCAUUCUUAUUCGCCUGUAAUUAUGCAACAACAAAUAUGAUAACCUUACCAAUUUAUAGGAAUUGUUCGGUAGCAGCUUCAAAUUGCACGACUGGCACAAAUCCGUCAUACAGUAGUCUUUGUUCGGCCUCGGAAGCGUAUGAUGUUAAUACAUUUGCUUAAAAGUGUGUAAUUCUAAAUGGAAUUCAAGUUUUGUAAUGUUUGAAAAGUCAAUAAAUUAAGACUAACAUAUAAUUAAUACACAUGGAUAAGGAGAA